UGCAAAUGAGAAGAAAGAGUCAACAUUAAAACGUGCCUUAUACAGYCGUGUCGUGAUUGGGUCCGGCAUGCUUUUAUCCUACUAUGGACGCGUAYUGCAUUAUCGCUAUUGCUAAUAUCCAUUCCUGAGGCGAGUCGUUACGCUGUCUGGUCCAGUGCACCCAUUUCAUUACAAUACAACAGCGGUCAACCAACAAUUCGGAUCAGCUUCUUGUUAUGUAGUCUCUUUAGAGCAUCAAUCUACUUAGAACAUCAGCAGAAGCCAUGAAGCUGAGUACUUUCGUGCUUCUUGUAGUAAAAGUAAAUCUGCUGCUACUUUGCGAUGAUGCAAUGACACAGGAAUUCCAAGGUGUGUGCGGCGAAACACAAACAGCACGCUAUGGGACCCUAAGCUCACCAGACUACCCUUCACACUAUCCAUUGAACAAAUUAUGUAUUUGGGUAUUGAAURCAAUAGAUGUCUAUGGCAAAAUCAGGCUCACCUUUGAUACCUUCGACUUGGAGCCUGAAUCURAWUGCAAAUACGACUAUGUACUUAUUCGAGACGGUUCUUCUGCUAGCAGUCAUAUGAUUGGCAAAUUUUGUGGCUCAAGUAAACCWGCGAUAAUAACUGCAUCUGGUWGGUCGUUAUGGGUUGAAUUCCGGUCAGAUUCCAGUGAUAGGAGACCAGGAUUCCUUGCGCGUUGGGAAACAGAGUACGCUUUUCCACAUCAGACAGAAAASCCUAUAACAGACAUCAUUACCCCUACUAGAGCCCCGUUAGUGUGUGGUGGAGACGUCCACGGGACUCGUGGAAUUAUAACGUCACCAAACUUUCCAGAGAAAUAUCCCAACAAUAAAAAAUGUAAAUGGACUAUUAUCACACCGAGUGGAUCAAAGGUGCGGCUCAACUUUGAAACCUUAGAUAUAGAAAAUGGUCGAAACUGUCGUUUUGAUUACCUUGAACUACGAGAUGGAGGAGACACCAGCGCUCCCUUUAUAAACAAACUUUGUGGUAGGACCUAUCCAGCAACAGUAACRUCAUCGGAUAAUAUGCUCCACCUUGAGUUUAACUCUGAUGAUAGUGAAGCUGCWUCUGGUUUUCGACUACAGUGGUACGCUCUUGGUGUAAGUACACCUGCACCUUCACCUUUAACGACCACUUUGAMAACUACACAGGAACCAACUCGUUCACCUGGUGAUGGAUGUGGUCUUACCCUUAGGGGAAGCGCUGGUAUCAUCAAAAGCCCUAAUUAUCCUUAUAAUUACCCUACGAAUAAGAUGUGCACUUGGACKAUUAAAGUUGARGYCGAAGAACAAAUAGAACUAGACUUUGACCGAGUGGAUUUGGAAGGAGGAUCAACAUGUCAAUAUGACUACAUAGAAGUCAGAGAUGGCAGUAAUAAGCAUGCAGCGCUCAAAGAGAGAUUUUGUGGCAAUACAAUACCUCAGSUUAUCAAAUCGACUGGCGAUGCAUUGCAUAUAGAAUUCUAUUCAGAUGCGUCUGAUACAAAAACUGGCUUUUAUGCCACUUGGAGGGCGGUUGAUAAGCCAGGACUUGGGCCAUCAGGGGUUUCCACUAARGCUCCAACCUCAGGCACCGAAGGGUGCGGAGGAAGCUUUUCUACAUUAACUGGUGUUUUUCAAAGCCCUAAUUACCCCCAAAAYUAUCCAUCAAACACUAUAUGCCAGUGGAAAAUCCAAGUUCCCAAUGGUUACAGAAUUCGUCUUGAAUUUCCCAAKUUCAACCUUGAGGCUGAUUCAAGUUGCCAGUUUGAUUACUUGAUAGCCUACGAUGGAUCAUCUGUUGCUUCUUCAAAAAUUGCYAGGAUAUGCGGAGAUGAACAAACGUCAAUAAUACCUUCUAUAGAAAGUUCAUCUAAUACAUUGACGGUGGUUUUCAACUCGGACACUUCAGUUUCCGCAGGUGGUUUUAAAGCUGUUUGGAMUUCACAUAUGGAUGGUCGUAUUCCAACAACUCCAGUUCCUGCUACAACCCGGCCAUAUAUUCGACCUCCUGAAUGUGGAGGAACCGUUGUUCAGCCAAACGGUGACAUCUACUCGCCUGGUUAUCCAUACUCCUAYCCCAAUAACSUGGAUUGCGUGUGGGUUAUUGGAGUYCCUGACAACAAGUURAUCGCACUUGGAUUUGAAGARUUUCARCUCGAAGGAGGGGCUGGUUGUGAGUUUGAUUUCGUAGAGCUUCGUGAUGGUGAAUCACAAGAUUCCCCAGUGCUUGGGAGAUACUGCGGUAAUACAGCCCCUUUAAUGAUCAUGGGAUCAUCUGAUAGAUUGUGGCUUCGAUUCCAUUCUAAUGGAUUUUUAACUGGUAGAGGAUUUGAAGCAACGUGGACUGCAGAWUCUCAAACGAUUAAAACUAUAGAUGGUAGGAAUAUUCUUCAGCGAGACAGCCGCCGGCAGCCAAGCCCAUCAGGAAUAUCAAAAAAAUGUGGUCGCCCUCUCGGGCUUGMGAACAAACAAAUCAGUGACUCGCAACUGACCGCAUCGUCUUAUUGGAUGUCGGAUAAAAAGUAUGGCGCUCAACARGCAAGGUUGAACAGCAGAGUGUGGCCUCAAGGAUGGAUUGCUGAUUCUAGAGAUAAAAAUCCCUGGCUGAAAAUAAAGCUGAAUGGRAGACAUAUCAUCACGGCAAUAGCCACACAGGGAUAUGGACACCAACUAUUCAACGAAUGGGUAAAGAGCUAUAUGGUGAGUUGGUAUGACCCGAAACAUCGUGGUUAUAUUAACUAUCAAGAGCAAGGCAUCGACAAGAUCUUUGAUGGAAACACCGAUAGAGAUUCUGUUGUUCGGCACACUCUUAAGAUUCCAAUUCAUACUGAGGAGAUUCUCUUGAAACCCAAAACGUGGCAGAGAAGCGUUGGUCUUCGGGUCGAACUGUAUGGGUGCUCCUUAGGYGAGUGCAUUGAACCAAUAGGUCUCUCAAAUGGGGCAAUAAGAGAUAAUCAGCUUCAGGCAUCUUCAGCUUGGAAUCAUGAACCCUCCGUAUAUGGAGCCCAACGUGCACGGCUGAACAUUACUUCAUGGCCACAAGGCUGGACAGCAAACAGUCUUGAUCGGUUUCCAUGGCUACAGGUAAACCUUCAAGACGACUUUAUCUUAACUAAAGUGGCUACUCAAGGUUUUGGUGGGGGCUUAGAUCGAUGGGUGAAAUCAUACAAGCUGACUUGGAUGGAUGACAAUCGGAGCUGGAAUGAGUACUACGUGCCACGGACAGUGGGUGAUUCUGAAUGGAGAACUAAGUUAUUCCAUGCCAACAAGGACGGAAAAUCAAUAGCUUGGCACGUGCUCAAGGUUCCUAUCCGAAGCAAAGUCAUUCGCUUUUGGCCUCAGGAAAAACAYAKUGCAGUUUCCAUGCGUGCUGAGCUGUAUGGAUGUCYUAUAAGUAUGCUAUYUAUCAUAUUUGACAUAUGCAGUAAUAAUAAAAUAAGAUGUUAUCACAUGACCCGUAUCAGGCCGUGUGCGUGCUUUCUCUCGUGAACAUUGAAUGUGAAA